UUCAGUUCAGUUUUAUACUGUAACGUGAAGAGAACAGAAGGCAAAAAGUUGCGUAAAAGGGAAACUAAAUAAAGAAAAUAUUUUUUGUUGCUCAAAAUUGAACUGAACAUUUGAAUUUGGUUUGAAUUUGCUUUGAACAAUUCAAGAGUAAUAAAUUUGCUGGUGUGUUUAAGUGAUUAUAAUAUUGUGCAAGUAAAAUGGAACUAAUGAUUCUAUCGCCACCAUCCACCCCACCAUUGAACAAUACCAAUUACACGGUCCAAAAGUCGCCGCUAAAACGUACCUACGAUGAUAUGCUGCUGCCGAAAAGUUUCGUCACACCAAAUCCUAGCGAUUCCGAGGACGAAUCUGAUCUACCUCCACGAAAGCGCCUUUACGCUCGUGAUCAAUUGAACUUCCAGUCAAACACAUUGACUCCACCACCCGAUCAAAAUCAAUUGUCAGCAUACUUCGACAAUCAGCAGAAUGAAUUCCACACUGCGCUCAACCAACGGAUCAAUGAAAUUGUCAAAGGACUUCAGCAAGAUGAUAAAACAUCCGCCGAUGCAACGACACGGGAAGCAAAUCAAUUUUGUAGUACAGCACCUCCACAACAACAAAGGGCAAGCGUUAUUAUGCAUGCCCGUUCUGAUGGCACAACCAGCGCUCUGGGUUCAAUAGAUGAAGUUGGUCCAUCGAAAGUUUUUUGGGACACAAAGGAAGUGAACUUGCUGCGUCGGUACAAAUACAAGAUGGGUAAAAAUCAGGACAAACAUUUCGACACAGAUUCAUCGUCACAGGAGAGCUUUUCGGUGGACAGCAUUUCUUCGCCACCGCCCAUGUCACCCACACCUUCAGAGCCAACAGUCAAUGUGUCACUGAAAAAAUCGCCUGCACGUAAUACAACUCCAAAGCCAGCCUCGCCUCAAUUGCCAACUCUAGCACCAAAACUUCCUCAUAGCAUUUACAUAACGGGACCAAGUGCCAUUUUCCAAAAUGGCAUCGUCAUCUUAAAGCCCACCCAACUUCCACAAAUCGUAUCGGUCGUUCACAAUCAGACAAAGCCGACAGUUACACCAGCGACACAAGAACGUCGCCGUGUCUUUAAGUGCACGUAUGAAAAUUGCAACAAAAACUAUUUCAAAUCAAGUCAUCUGAAGGCGCACAUUCGCAUACACACUGGUGAAAAGCCAUUCCUAUGCCGAUGGCCCGACUGUAAUCGUAAAUUCACCAGAAGCGAUGAACUCAGCCGGCAUAAGCGGACUCAUUCUGGCGAAAAGAAAUUUGUUUGCGGCGAAUGUUCAAAGGCAUUCAUGCGAAGUGAUCACUUGUCGAAGCAUGUGAAGCGGCACGCCAAGAAGAAUAAUCAAACCAAUGGCAUGUCUAAUCUACGAUCAAUUAUACCGGCUGGACCAACUGUUGGGGACACAUACUAUUUACAUGGCAUUCAACACUAGAGAAAUAAUGCGAAUUCUUGACCAACAGGAACAUUGAACGAAAAAUGUGUCCGGAAACAUUAAUUCACUUUCGGACCGGCAAAAAGACGUUCACAAUGAGAUUUAUAUGAAAUUGGUAGGAUGUGAAGUAAUCGAUUUGUUUUGACCAUGAAACCGAUCUCGAACUGAGGAAAAAAAAAACAGAAAACUGAAGAAAACAGUACUCAGUCAAUGGGAGAAUCGGUGGUCGGAAAAAUUCGGUUCUCGCUUAUCACACUUCUCGUUUGUUUGUCAAAUCGUUUACAAUAUCGGUUGACCGAUCGGUUUGUGUAUGCCGCGAAAUUGUUAUCGCGCAUUUUAUGUGGUAAGACGUUCAAGAUACAAACGAUUCGCAGAAUGGUUAAACAAAAUGUGCGAUAAGUGAACUGUAUAUAAUUGGUACAGUGACUUGUGCGAACAGUGUCUGGAUUCGGGAUAUCCUGGAAUAUCAGUUAAAAUUAAUAAGUUUUUCGAAAUUUAAGGCAGAUCAGUCAUUUGAAGAUCAGUCGCAUGAAGAUCAGUCAUUUGAAGAUCAGUCAUUUGAAGAUCAGUCAUUUGAAGAUCAGUCAUUUGAAGAUCAGUCAUUUGAAGAUCAGUCAUUUGAAGAUCAGCCGCAUGAAGAUCAGUCAUUUGAAUGGCAAUCAUAUGAAGAUCAGUCGUAUGAAGAUCAGUCUUAUGAAGAUCAGUCGUAUGCAGAUCAGUCAUUUAAAGAUCAGUCAUUUAAAGAUCAGUCAUUUAAAGAUCAGUCAUUUGAAUGGCAAUCAUAUGAAGAUCAGUCGUAUGAAGAACAUUCCUAUGAAGAUCAGUCGUAUGCAGAUCAGUCAUUUGAAGAUCAGUCAUUUGAAUGGCAAUCAUAUGAAGAUCAGCCGCAUGAAGAUCAGUCAUUUGAAUGGCAAUCAUAUGAAGAUCAGUCGUAUGAAGAACAUUCCUAUGAAGAUCAGUCGUAUGCAGAUCAGUCAUUUGAAGAUCAGUCAUUUGAAGAUCAGUCAUUCGAAUGUCAAUCAUAUGAAGAUCAGUCAUUUGAAGAUCAGUCGUAUGAAGAACAUUCCUAUGAAGAUCAGUCGUAUGCAGAUCAGUCAUUUGAAGAUCAGUCAUUCGAAUGUCAAUCAUAUGAAGAUCAGUCGUUUGAAGAACAUUCCUAUGAAGAUCAGUCGUAUGCAGAUCAGUCAUAUGAAGAUCAGUCAUUUGAAGAUCAGUCAUUCGAAUGUCAAUCAUAUGAAGAUCAGCCGCAUGAAGGUCAGUCAUUGGAAUGGCAAUCAAGAUCAGUCGUAUGAAGAUCAUUCUUAUGAAGAUCAGUCGUAUGCAGAUCAGUCAUUUAAAGAUCAGUCAUUUAAAGAUCAGUCGUAUGAAGAUCAGUUAUUCGAAUGUCAAUCAUAUAAAGAUCGUCGUAUGAAGAUCAGUCGUAGAAGAUCAGUCAUACGAUCAGUCAUAUGAAUCCAAAACUUACUUUAAGAAAUCAAAAUUUCUGACAUUCCCAAAUUUUGCUCUUACAAUUUAAGAAAACCCCUAGACCAACUGAAAAAUGGUUGCUCAAUGAGUCAAUGAGGAGCGAAUAUUAAAAAAAUUGCAGAAUUUUCCAAGGUUUUAUAUAUGAGGAGGUUACACCAAUCGUUACGGCCGUUAUCGCAUAAGAAUCACUUAUGCAAUUUGCGUACAAAAUUUUGUCCCAAUUUAUGUCCAGUUGAAAUUUUGUGUUGAAAUUCAGUUAGAGUUACCGACAAUUUUGCGAUACGAUCCCAGUGAAAAAAGUGGCGAUCUGCGUAACCUCAUCACAUUACAACCUUGGAAUUUUCAGGUAUUUAGUUUCUUCAAAAAAGGCUCAUCUCAGGGAACUUUUAUCAUAAUUUGUUCGACAACAGAAAGUUUGUCGUUCGCACUGUAAUUAAACGAAGUUUUUCGAUGGAAUUCAGACAUUUAACAGCGAGCAUUGACCAAAUUUUGUUUAACUUUUUGCAGUAAUAGAUCAAGUGAGCGAAGUAAGCUUACGUUGCUGAAACUUUGAAAAGAAAAAAAAAUUGUUUGCAGUCAAAGGCAGUGACUAAAUAGAUCUAUAAGAAACAAUGUGAGAGACCAACAAUAUUGAACGAAGAAAAUAA